GAUCUGAGUUGAGUAAAGGGGAGGGGUGGGCUGCCAUAAAUGGGAAGAAGCUCCCCCAAACGGAGCAGAAGUGCAGUGGAUCCUCAAAGUGAACAGAAGCAACAGCAGCAGAACUCCUACUGGCUCUCUCUCACGACUUCCUAAGACAAGAAAGAUCAGAGGAUAAAGCCAAGCCAUGAAGACUCAUGCUCUCUUCUUCCUCCUGCUCCUGGCUUGCAUGUACCCAAGCUUGGCACAAGGUACUUAUGAAAACUGCUGCUUAAAGUAUGCUAACGAGGUGAAAGCCAACGUGAAGAAAAGGAUUGUGAGCUACAAAGUUCAGCAAACUGACGGGGGGUGCAACAUCGCUGCUGUUGUAUUCAAGCUGAAGAGAGGGAAAACAUUCUGCGGUGACCCCCAACAGCCAUGGGUGAAGGAUCUGAUGAAAAAAAACAAACGUAUCUAA